UCUCGCGAGGCCGCGCCCCGGCUCGCGCGGGCGUCGUGCACGCGGUUGUAGCUGCCUGGCGGCGGGAGAAGCCGCGCUCGCGCCGAGGGACGUGUUUCUGCGCUCGCGUGGUCAUGGAGGCGCUGCCGCUGCUAGCCGCGACAACUCCGGCCCAAGGCCGGCACCGAAGGCUGCUUCUGCUGCCGCUACUGCUGUUCCUGCUGCCGGCUGGAGCUGUGCGGGGCUGGGAGACUGAGGACAGGCCCCGCACCCGCGAAGAGGAGUGCCACUUCUACGCUGGUGGACAAGUGUACCCGGGAGAGGCAUCCCGGGUAUCGGUCGCCGACCACUCCCUGCACCUAAGCAAAGCCAAGAUUUCCAAGCCAGCGCCCUACUGGGAAGGAACAGCUGUGAUCGAUGGAGAAUUUAAGGAGCUGAAGUUAACUGAUUAUCGUGGGAAAUACUUGGUUUUUUUCUUCUACCCACUUGAUUUGUAAGUAAUACAUGUAAAUAGCAGCUAGUA